GUUUCGAUAUAUUUUCUUUUAGUAUUUAAGAUUUAAAUUAUAAAUUUUCCCAUACAUUUAAUCACCGUGGAUACGUCACAAUAUCCAUUUUGGUAUGAAAUUUUAACGCGGCAAUCACGAAAAAAAAAGUUCAUCGAUGAAAUAAAAUGGGUAUUGUUCAUGCUAAGGAACCUUUCAAUAAUCCUUCAGGCUUAGAUCAGUCAUUGAAGGAUAAUAUAAAUAAACAUGAUGAAUCACCAAUGGGUGAUCUUCCAACAUUUCUCAAUAAAUCUCGGAUACAUAAGGAAGAAGAAAAUGCACAAGCAAAACGUAUUGUUUUACAAACAGUUAAAGCACGAGUCGACAAAAUACAUGUGGAUGGACUUAUGCGAACAAAAGAUGAUAUAAUCAAGCCACAAGUGAUGGAUUUGUUCAAAGCUAAAAAUUUCGAGGAUGUCAUUGUACGUGCUUAUAAAGUAAGAGAGAAAUUAGAUACUUUGGGAUGCUUUAAAAAUGUCGGAGUUUACAUUGACACCAGUCAAGGUCCUGAAGCCACCCCUGAUGGUGUAGAAGUCACUUUUAAGGUACUUGAAAUGAGACGUUUGGCUGGCGGCAUUAGCACUAUGGUUGGGAACAACGAAGGAUCCUUGCUUGUCAGUGCAAGAGCGCCAAAUCUGUUUGGAAGAGCAGAACGUGUUCAAAUGGAGUACUCUCAUGGUAAUAAAAGUUCGAUCAAUUUCAAUGUAUCUGCCAUUAAACCGUUUCCACAGAGCUUAUAUAAUACAGUAUUAACUGGUACUGUAUUUAGCACGUCGCACGAUUUUCCAUGGUCUGGUUUUAAACAAAACGAUAAAGGAUUACUUUUAGAUAUGGAGCUUAAUCAAACGAGUACUUCUAAACAUAAUAUACAAUAUGAAGCUGCAUUUAGAAACAUAUCUUGUUCAAAACAAGCCGCCUUUCGUGUUCGGGAACAAUGCGGGCCGAAUUUGAAAUCCGCGUUGAGAUAUAUUUGGACAAUAGAUAAAAGAGAUUCAACUAUAUUUCCCGUUACUGGAAGUCUCUUGCGAUUAACAACAGAGAUGGCUGGAUUAGGUGGUGACAUAGGUUUCUUAAAGAACGAGCUUACUAUACAAAGUAACUGGUCGCCACACGAGUUCCUUACAUUCCAACUUGGCCUUCAAUCUGGAUUGUUGAGUGCAAUCAGUAAUGAUAUGAAAAUAAGCAUCGCUGAUAAUUUCUUCUUGGGUGGUCCAUUGAAUCUUCGGGGAUUUGAUAUGAGGGGAUGCGGACCGCGUUACAAUGGAAAUUCUGUGGGCGGUGAAAUGUAUUGGGCAGCAGCUCUUCACAUAUAUACGCCGCUUCCAUUUAGACCUGGUCAUAAUGGUUUCGGGAAUUUAUUUCGGCUACACGGUUUCGUCAAUGGCGGCAAUCUAUCCAACUUCACUUUCACAUAUGGAGAUCUCUAUAAUGAGAACAUGAAGAUUUUCACAGAGAACGUACGGUGUGCCGUCGGUGGAGGAAUCGCAAUGAAACUAGGAAACGUUGCCCGCAUAGAAUUGAAUCUAGUUGCACCUUUGUUGUUCGUGAGGAGUGAUGUGCUCCAACAAUUUCAAUUCGGUAUUGGUGUGCAGUAUCUUUGAGCGCCUUGAUAGUUUAUUGCAUUUUGUGUCAUCUCUAUAUGAUGGAUUUGGAUGUAAAUGAAGGUAGUGAGAUUACAUGUGUAAAUUAAUUUCUGUUUAUCUGACAGAAAGAUUCAUAGAGUGUAAAAUAUUCGUAAUAAAGUUGAUAUCCAUUA